AGGACGAAGGACACUUGAAGGCAGCACUGUUCCUGGACUGGCCAGCAGAAUGACGCUGGACGCAACCUGUGUAUGUGACACUGGUGCCUGACAGAUAAACAAAACCUUCUUGCAUGGCUCUAUGAACCUUUAACAACUAACGUUAUCGGACUCAGUGUUGCUAGACAGCUCAUUUUAAUGCCGACAAAAGUGCCUUGGUUGAAAGAGGAUGACUCCAUUGAUAAAAAGUUAAAUAUAAGAGUUGAGUCCGCUGAGAGUGACCUGGUGUGAUAAUUGCAUGCUGCAUGUCUGCUAACCCCCCCAUCACCGAGCUGCACUUCCUCUCAUUUCUGAUACAUGGCCCUUCUUUAGAGAUGAAUACAACUCACUUUUCCUUGCAUGUUGUGCUGUGAAUGUGGCGUCAUGAGGAAAAACAGGGAUAACCCUCUGGCACUAUCAUCCAAGAAACCAUGCCAGGACCAGACAGACUACAGACGAGAGCUAGAGAGGUUGCGUGCUGAUUUGGAAGCAGAGAAGAACCGAACACAGCAGUCUACUAGACACCUCUGUGUGGAGCUUAGGCACCUGCGGGAAGAAGCAGAGAGGGAAGAGCAGAGGGCCGUGAGGGAGCUGACGGCCAGGCGAGGGUGCCAAAAAGACAGGCACUCUAAUAGACACUGGCGUCUGCUGGCUAAGGAGGAGAACAUUAAAGACAGUGGACAAUACACUGAGGUUGAGUCCACAGGGAAAGAGGCUUUUUGUUUUGGAGAAACAUAUACAAAGCUGGAGCAGUUGCUGCUGACGCUGUAUGAGAAAAUAAAUGGUGAGCAGGCAGUCUAUAAAUUGCAUCACAGGGAAGACUUGGAGCUACAAAAGGCCAUCUUCCUCUGCCAGCUGCUAGAGGCCCACGGAAGACUGGUGCAUGGGAGGCAGAGAGCAGGACACCGCAGCUACAUUUUUAAAAGUCUCUCAAGAAAGCCAACUCAAGAAGACAGCACUAACUCCUGCCAGACAAAGCCUCUCCUAACCAACUCCAGGGCCUUUCUACAGACAUCCCAGAGUGCCUCCCGCUCACUCAAGAAGAAAACCAAACAAGAUCGACGAAAGCAGCCUUUAGGGAGGACCCUCUGUGCAGCUGACCCCUGCACCACUGCUGCAGUCGUGGACACCUGUCGGAGCAGCUCUCUGAAAAUUUGUCACCCUCACAACUUUCCCCAUGCAGGCUGGGACAACCAGCCCCCCUACUGCGCAGAGUCCUCUGGGUCUGGCAUGUCAUCGCCCUCCAAAUGCAUGGACAGAAACAUGGAGAGAGUGAUGUAUGACCUGUGCACUCGGCCUGAGCAGCCCGAGCCUGCACCGGCACCCACAGAGAUGGAGAGCCGUGAGGUGGCUGAAGCUCUUGGACGACAACAGCAGGAGUUAAGGAGGUCGGAAGAGCACGAUAAUAAGCAACAUGGGAUCUUGGACAAGACAGUUCCAACUACGGAUAAUAUCACUUCAACAUCAUUGUUAGGAAAAAGACACCACUCGCUUUAUGCAAACCUUAAUGGUUUUGAAGUGGAAGCCAUACGCAAGAAUGGUACUGACUGUGGGUUCCUGGUGCGUCAGAACUCUGAACUCUUGCGAGCCCUCGAUGAGCUGGAGAAGACCUGUACCACACUGAGGGAGGAGAAUGGCCUGCUGCGGAAGAGCAGCGCCCCAGAGACGGAGGAGAAGGUCAGGCGGUUGAGGAGAAAGAACACAGAGCUGGCUGUUCUUGCUAAAAGGCUGGAAGAAAGGGCUCGAAAACUGCAGGAGGCCAACCUCAAAGUGGUGAAUUCCCCGUCACUGAUGAGACCCGGAUCAGUGGAGCAGUACAAGAGGGCGUUUGCCCGUCAGCGAGCUCGCGACCUCGCCCAGCACGCCGAUGCUCUGUUGUCUAAGGACAAAGAGAUUGCUGCCCUACAGCAAGAGUGCAGAGAGCUGGAGGCACGGCUGGGCACCUCUAAGGGCUCCCCUGUUCCAUCUGACAGAGUGGAAUUUGAGAGGCUUCUCAGGGAGUCUCAGAGGGAGGUGCUGCGGCUCCAGAGGCAGCUGUCGGUCACGUCAUCCAGACAGCAGCACAACCAUAGUCCUGACCCCGGUGGCCCAGAGAAGUGUGGGGAAAUUGAGAAGGAGGAGGGGGAAGAGAAGGUUGUAGGAGAGACCCCGUGUGUGGUAUUAGAUGAAGCUCCAUCCAGGUGUAAGAAGACUCCCGGAGAGGAGGAGGAGUCGGGGCUGCGAGUGACGCCCCAACCGGGCCUUAGCCCGACCCCCUCCCAUCAGGAGGAGCACACAGAGGAGCAGCGCCUACAGUUUCUGGAAAGUGAGCUGAGCAAGAAGAGAAAAGAAUGUGAAAACCUUGAGCAUGAAGUAACGAAGCGACAGAAGAGAUGUCUGGAUUUGGAGAGCCAGCUUGAGGAUGAGCGAGGCAAAAAUGAGCAACUAGAGGAGGAGGCAGAUCUCCUCAGGAGGAAGGCACAGCUGAUCGACCAGACUCGGGCUGAGAAUGAGGAGCUGAGGGAACAUCUCUCUGAAGUGACCGCUCAACACAAUUCAGUUCUCGAGGAGAACCAGAGACUCCGUGCCAAACUGGAGAACCUAGAGCAGGUCCUAAAGCACAUGCGAGAGGUCGCCGAGCGAAGGCAGCAGCUGGAAUUGGAACAUGAGCAGGCACUGGCUAUCCUUAAGUUCAAACAGGAUGAAAUCAAACGGUUACAGCGGGCUCAGUUAUUCGCCAAGAGGGAGCAUGAAGGAGUGGUUCAGAUGCUGGAGGAGUUGACUCAGCUUGUGUUGCGGAGGGAGCUGUCAAAGGUACGAGAGCUGGAGGAGAAAUGUCGCAGCCAGAGCGAACAGUUUGGCUUGCUGUCCCAAGAGUUGGAGAAGUUCCGACUGCAGGCCUCGAAGGUGGACCUGGCCAGCUCUAGCCUCCUUAACAAUCCCGGCCUCUCUGUUCUGACCAAUGGGGUGGGCCUGACUACUGAACGAGACUGCACUGGUGGCUCAUGGGACAUGGUGUCUCUGGGUGAAAUAGCCUUCUGGAGUCUCGAGGGAGGUGACACUCUCUCCUGUCCUGAGGAUGUGGCCACUGCUCUGCGGAUGGGGGCCACCCCUCACGCUGCAGGGCUGUCCAGGGUGGAGCGCUCGCCUGUCACCAAGCAUCGAGAGCUCCCCACCAUCAGUGUCAGCAAGUCAGCCUCUUCCUCCAGCAAGUCAGAGACCACACACCUCACCCCCAAGUCUGACACCCACCUCAGUCCGCACAAAUCAAGCCCAACACAUGAGGUGGACACUGCCAGUGAAGUAGAGGAGCUGGACAUUGACGUAGCCCCGGCACCUUACACAGCCAGCAGAGGAGCAGCAAAGCUUCAGGUUUUCAUUGCAAGAUACAGCUACAAUCCAUAUGAUGGCCCCAAUGACAACCCUGAAGUAGAGCUUCCACUCACGGCUGGAGAAUACAUCUAUGUGUAUGGAGACAUGGAUGAUGAUGGCUUCUAUGAAGGUGAGCUGAUGGAUGGACGGAGAGGGCUGGUCCCCUCUAACUUUGUGGAACGUGUAUCAGACGACGAUGUCAUGAGCACUCACCAUCCAGAGACAGGGGACAUGUCCCAUAACUCCCUGCUAGACAGCAGCCUGCACAGUGCCAGCCACCAGCAUCACUUCCACAUGGGCGUCAGCGCCUCAGAAAGGACAGAGGCCUCUGCUGCCUCUGGCCCUGCCUCAGCCACUUCAGAUUCAGCAUCGGCCUUGGCUGUCCCAGCCCCCCUCACCAACGGCCUGGACUUGGAUUUGGAGGAGGUGGGAGUGGACAUUGUGCCUUACCCACGUAAGCUCACACUCAUCAAGCAGCUUGCCAAGAGCAUCAUCAUCGGCUGGGACCCUCCGUUGGUGCCGGCUGGGUGGGGCAAUGUGUGGAGCUAUAAUGUGUAUGUGGACCAGGAGCUGCGGCUCAAUGUGCCCUUUGGUUCCCAGACCAAAGCGGUGCUGGAGCGGCUGGACAUAAACCUCAAGGCCUACCGUGUGUCAGUGCAAAGCCUGACAGAGAAGGGCCUCUCAGACCAGCUGCGAUGCAGCAUGCUGGUCGGUCGGGACGUUUGUGUGGCGCCCACGCAGCUGCGUGUGGAGAGGGUCACCGCCACCUCUGCCAACCUGACCUGGCUGCCCAGCAACAGUAACUAUGUGCACAUUGUGUCCUUGAAUGAGGAGGAGUGUGAGCUGGUGAAGGCUGGCUGCUGCUCGCUGUGCCUCAAUAACCUCUUGCCCAGCCUGCAGUACACAGUCAAAGUGGAGGCACGCCCGCACCGCACGCCAUGGGAGUUACCUGUGGAGCGACGUGAACACAGAAGCGCUACAAUCACCUUCACCACACUGAUGGCAGUUUCAUGCCCACAGUCUGGGAACCCAGGUCCUCCCGAUGCUCCUCUGGAUGUACAGCUGGAGCACGGUCCCUCCCCAGGGAUCGCCCUCAUCAACUGGCUGCCAGUCACUAUAGAUGCUGCCGGGACCUCCAAUGGAGUCCGUGUCACUGGAUACACUAUAUAUGCUGACAAGAAAAAGGUGCUGGAGGUGUCUUCCCCAACAGCCGGCAGUGCCCUGCUGGGCCCUUCUCAGAUCCAGUCCCUGCUGGCAGCUCAGGAACUCACUGUCCGCACCAUGUCCGCCCACGGGGAGUCCUGUGACUCUUUGCCAGUCAAUGUGCCCUCCAAGCUGGCUGCCAUCAUGGCAGGUCCAGCUGUCACUGCCCCAGUUGUGCCACCCCUAUCCUGCACCCCUGCAGGUUCCAGUAACCUGCCCUCACCGCCGUCCUACGGGAACCCUGCUGCCAAAGUCUCCAUGCUGCCCAGCAUUUUGCCAUCAGACACACACAUCGCUGGUCUCACAGUGGAGGCUGCUGCCAACCCUCCUCAUGCUCUCUACUCAGAAGGUCUUCUUUCAUCUGCCUCAUAUGUGAAGGCCUGGGCCAACCCCUCUUCUGCUGCUGCCUUGGCUGUGUGUGAGGCCACAUUACCAGGAGCCUCCGCCAUCACUCCAGUGGUUAAUGUGACCUCCCCGACCACCUCAGCACCUCAACCAUCUCCAGUAGCAGUACCAGCACCUGCACAAACACCAGUAACGGCAGCAGCAACAGUGUUGGAGCAGCGCAGAGACACCGACAGCCCUGGAACAAUACGUCCUUUCCCAUCUAUCACAGAGUUCAUCGAGGACCCCAGUGCCAAGCUCGGGACCCCUGAGCGCAUCCCUAGUCCACCCAAAGCCCCGAUCACAGACUUCCUUAACCCGCAAGACACUAACCUCCUCCAACCCCCCUGCACUUCACCGCUGGAGUCAGAGGUAGAGGAGGAGCAAGAGAAUACCCGCUUGGUGUCCAUUGAGGAGUUCUUGAGACAGGACCAAGAGCCAGCGUACUGUAGCAGACAGCAGAGCUACAGCAGAGGGCUUGUGGAGCCUCCCAGUGACUACCACGCAGACAACAGCCGUUCAGAUCUGUCUGACAUCCUGGAGGAGGAGGAGGAGGACCUUUACUCUGACCACCUCGGAGAAGCACACGCCAGGGGCUACACAGUUGGAGCUAACAGGUCAUGCAAGUUGGAGCCUCCAGACAGUGAUGAGGAGGUUCUUGAGAGGAUCCUUAAGUUGCCUCCUCAGGCCUCCCAAAGCAAGCAGCUGUUCAGCAUUCCUGAGGUGACAGAAGAGGAAGAUAGCAGUCAGGAAGAGCCUUUAACCCACCACAGUCAGCCUCGGCCCAGGCCCAGCCACCUUCACCCCAGAGACUCAGAACGCCUCCACCAUGCCCCCCAGCAUCACCCGCAUCAACCCACCCCACACCCACACAUUCCCCCUCACCAUCACCACUUCAACUGGGAUCCCAGAUCCCUAACCAAAGAGCCUUUACUUAGGCACGGACCCUUGCAGGUCAAGCCUAAGACGCAGCACAGGGUGCACUACGCAGACACAGUUGACACCAUCAGUUAUCCUGAAGAAGAAGACAUGAGUUUAUAUGAUGGUCCCACCAGCAGGCGGGUCUCAGCCCGCUGUCCUCCCCAGCCGAACCCCAACAGCAAAGAAAGAGUACUGCUCAGAGGGCUAGGGGACCGCCUUAGGAGGGAGGCCAUGCUCAGGAGUCAGAUGGCUGUCGCCGCUGCAGCCAACCCCGGCUAUGGUCUUACCCCGCCAAGACCCUACCCAGUCAGCAAAACAGUACGGACUCUGAGGCCACCUAUUGUUCGUGGGGUGGAGAUUGACGUGGAGUACGGCACAGAUGACAACGAGGAGCCUGUGGCGUACAGUCCCGGGGAGGUGGUGGUGGAGCAGAUGAGCUCUGAGUGGUGGGUAGAGGGGGCUCAGAUGGAGCCCUGCAGACCUCCUCACCGCAGAGGGCUGAAGGCUGAACCUCUGGAGCCCAGUCAAAUCCCUCCAGCUGAGGCAGGUCCAUCGUGGGGAGCCCAGGCUGAGCUCUCUUCUAAACCAACGUGCUUGCAGGCCAGGCAACUCAAAGGUGGUGUUGAUUCACCAAAGACAAAAGGAGACAGUGACAUACGCAUCUUUGUGGCCCUCUUCCCUUAUGAUCCUGCCACUAUGUCACCCAAUCCUGAUGCAGCAGAGGAAGAGCUUCCCUUCACUGAAGGACAGAUCAUCAAAGUUUAUGGAGAUAAAGACCCGGACGGGUUCUACCGAGGAGAGUCUGGUGGUCGUCUGGGCUUUGUGCCAUGUAACAUGGUGUCUGAGAUCCAGGUGGAGGAUGAGGAGACCCGGCAGCAGCUGCUGCAGCAGGGUUUCUUGUCCACAGCGGCCUCUAUGGAGAAGAUAGGCACUCGCACACACGCACAGCUUCCACGUCGCCCUGUUCCACCGCCGAAACCGAGACGAUCCAAGAAAGUGGAGUCUGCGACACUCUGGGACGAGAGCGUAGACUCCUCCAGCCCAGAUCCCAGCCAGACUGCCGCCGCUGCAGCUGUGGGGAACCCAGCCCCAGGAGCUCGCAGGAUGGUCGCCAUCUUUGAUUAUGAUCCACGAGAGAGCUCCCCCAACACAGACAUAGAGGCUGAGCUUACCUUCAGUGCAGGAGAUAUCAUACAUGUGUUUGGUGACAUGGACGAAGAUGGCUUCUUCUACGGAGACUUGAAUGGACACAGAGGCUUAGUGCCCUCCAACUUCCUGCAGGCCUUACCAGAAGAUGCUUCAGCAGAACCUCUCUCUGCUCAGCCUGCACCAGAACCCAAGAAGGAAUCACAGGGUACCUGGACGUCUUCUACAGAGCCUCAACAUCCUGGGCCCUCAACACUAAAAGAGGCUUUGCACCCCAAAACAGAACCUCCUUUCCCUGAGCCAACAGAGCACACAGACCUGCGACCCAAACUGGCACCCACUGCAAGCCCCACAUCAGACCUGGACCCUGCUCCAGGUCCUACUCCAGGUCCUACUCCAGGUCCUACUCCAGGUCCAGCUCCAUGUCCAGCUCCAGCUCCAGGUCCAGCUGCAGUGGAGGCCUGCUGCUCCCCUCCAGCCCCCCUUCCAGCAGACAGCCCAACACAGACAGACUGUUCUGCACAAGGCAAAAAGAAGAAAGGCUUUUUCUCCAAAGGCAAGAAGCUGUUUAAAAAGCUGGGAUCCAGCAAGAAAGAAUGAGAGUCAGGACAUCUGACUCCAAAUACUCGCGUCACAUUGAAAGCACUUUUUCUAUCUUCACUGUUAGUCUCAGUUGGUAGUCGGCAGCACGGUUAGUGACUAUCAGAUCUAAAAACUGAUGCUUUAUAAAUUAUACAUUUGCCUUAGAGCACUGCUAGACCAGCUGUUAAAUUUAGAGUACUUUAAAACAACAUACAGCUUACAGUAACACAAGAGCAUGCAGAAGAGCAUGUUGAAGUGUGCAAACUCACAAAUAUAUUCUUUAAAUACUUCCUAAUAAUCUAAGCAUUUCAACAGUUUGCGGUUCAACAGUAGAGGCUUUAUAGUAAUGCUUGAUAUAAAACCCUUAGUUAUCUCCCAAUGGAUCAGGUUCAUUCAGAACAACAGCAGACCAGACUUCAGCCCAGCUCAGACGCAGCUAAUUAAAUAUUAGCUUUAAUGUUCAUGUACUGGUGCCACUUUAUUUAUUUGAAGCAAACGAACAGAAGCAGCAGUCUCUCUCAUGCUCUGUGUGACUAUAAUGAAUGCACUAUCCAUCCUGAAUGGAUGUAUUUUAAAUAUGUCUGCUUGUCCCUCACAUACGUUUCUUGUCUUUAAGAGUAUUUAUACAGUACUUUGUACAGAACAUGUUAUUUAUUUGUAUCAGACUCUUGCUCUAAUCAUCACCACAUUGCAUGAAGUGACAUCAGAGCAGGAGGUUAGUCAUAUAGAGCUGUCAGACAGUGAUGAGCCACUUUGAUAUGUGUAGUUUAGAUCUAAUCUAAUUGUAGGGUUUGAGACAGUCGAGACUGUUUAUUGAAGUUGAACAUAUUGUUAAAUGUAAAGAAUGUGAACAGUUGCCCUUCUUUGUGUGUGUGUGUGUGUGUGUGUGUGUGUGUGUGUGUGUGUGUGUGUGUGUGUGUGUGUAUAGACGAAGCUACCCAGUCCACUGGUGAGACUGAAAACAGAUGCCUUUCUCAGACAUUAACACAACUGGCCUAAAUGUUGCAUACGACAUAUUUUCUGUCUGUGUGAGAGAGAGAGACCUGCAGCGUGUGCAGAAAUGUAGUAUGUAGUAUCUGGUGAUCAGUAGGCUGCUCUGAUAGCUACUAGGGCUGCAACUAAUGAUUGUUGUAAAAUCAGGACAUGGAAAAUCAGCAAAUUCUCACAUUUGAGAACCUAAAAUCCAUCAAAAAUUUGGCGUUUUUGCUUAAACGAUUAAUCGUUGAAUUCAAUGCAAAUUGCUGCCAUCAGGUUUUCAAGUACCUCCAUUGCCUCCAUGAGCUGUGAGUCUCAGCCACUGCUGCAGCUCCAGCUGUUGAUAAGCUGGCCCAACUACAGUAACUAACUUCCUGUUCUCUCCCUCCACAACCUCCUUUAACGCUCCUCCCACACCCCCCUGGGGAGGCUCACCCCACACUUUGAAAACCUCUGGACUAAUUGAUUAAUUGAUUAGUCGUUGCAGCUCUAGCUAAUUUAUACUCCAAAAUUGGAAUACUUAAAAUAAUGUAGUUUAACUUAACAUCCAGAUUAAAGUGAAGCAGUGUCCUCAUUGCUGGUUACAUGAAUAACCACAGCAAUUAGCAGCCCGAUGCUAAACAUACAGUAUAAGCCUUUGGGAUUCAGUAUGGUUUGAACGUAGCACGUGGGGUGUUUUUACAUAUAACACAACUAACAGGAACGACACUUGCUGGAAUUGCAAUAAGUUGUUUAUGUCUCUUUUCUUUUGCCUCCAUGUUAAGAGUAUAAUGAAGUUCAAUUCGUGGUGUGUGAAUAUUGGGUGAGACAGGCGAAGUGUUCUAACAUCUUUAUCAGCCCUUGUAGUGAAGUGGUGAUUAGUUUUUUGCAUCACACAUUUGCAUCAGAACACUGUAGACUGUUUGGUUAAAGCUAAAUAAAAACUUUAGCAGUAUAGCGUAUUGUGUACUAGAAUACUAGAACAAAAAUAGAACCAUUCUGUAUCGUUUAAUGGUUUGUGACAGUUUUGCUUAAAUAGUAGUAAGUAGUUCAAGUAUUCCGUUUUGAUGUGGCUGUGCGGCCCAGGCCUUAGUAUUCAGUUUGUUAGACAGUUACAACACAUGCAGUGAUUAUUCACUCAGUCUGAUUAGAUCUUUUAUCUGUGUGACACAGGGCUGUUAGGUAACUUCUCAGGUUUUUCUUGUAGUUUCUUAUUAAUGCUGAGCCACCUGUUGACUCUGGCUGUCAAAAACUGCAGAAUAUGCCAAAAUCUUAGGUGCUUUGCCUGUUACCACAACUAUGAGAGACCAAGCAUCCGGCAGCAUGGGGAUAUUCAGGGGUAUAUAGUCUGGGUUGAAGCGUGGAGGUUUGUUUUGAAGCUCAGACCUGAUUUCAGUCACGUUGUUGAAGUUUCCCACAUGGGUAGAUGGAGUCACACCUGAUGACACAAGUUGGAGGCACAUUUUUUCUUUAAUGUCAUGAAUGUUUUAAUUGUUUGUCAGUGUUACAUAAAGGGAGCACGAUGAUGCCAAGAAUAAAAGGGAGGGCGGAUCAACAAAGACACUUUAGAUGUGAAAUAGCCGGGAUAGAGGCAAGACUGAGGCUGUACUGUAUGUUUUGUUUUAUUUAUGCUUGUCUUUUUUCUUUCUUUUUUUUUAAGGGGGGGUGGAUGCUCAAAAGUUGCCGAAAUGUACAGGGAAUUUUUGUACUGAUCUUGUAUUUGACGGCCUUUAAUGCACAAGUAUUCCUCUACCUGCUGUGUAGUGAGUAGGCGGCUCCACUGUUGACUGAUUAGGACCUAGACCCAUAUAGGUAGUAUUUUAGCUCAGUUGAUCAUAUUUAGCCUUACAAGAAGACCUUGUUUAGUCUUAAUAUGUUGUUUACAGGAUGUUUAUUGACUGCAUGCAUACCAAUGUUAUACACAUGUUCGGCCUUAUUUAUGUUACUGUCAUAUUUCUGUUUUUCUAGGCUGACUUGUCUACAAUAUUUGAGUUGUAGAUUGUCAAUGCAGUGGAAAGGAAGCUGUAGGAGCUGUCUGUAUAUAAUGAACAGUGUUGGGACUUGUGGUAUAUUUUCAUACAGCACGGGAAACUUCUUUUUUUUUGUCUUUCCUGACCUGCAUUCAUUGUUUGAAACCAGUGGAAGAUAUACCUUUUUAUAUAUUCAUGUUUUUAUUACCCUUUUGGAAGCUCAUCUGUAAAUAUUUUUGUUAAUAUUAUUUUUCUGAUUUUUUGUUUUGUUUUGCAUGUCCAGGCGUUGUUGAUGGAGGAACAGUAACUAAAGAUGUAGUACACAGAGGACUUGUUGACUUGAAAUUGUGAUGGUUUCUUUCAAUAUGGAUCUUUUUACAGGAAUAAAGUAUGUAUAUUUUCACAGAAAA